AUGGAUAUUGUGCUUGAAAUCUUCGAUACCUUUGCGCUCGACCGCAUCUACGCCGAGAUUGUCCCUGCUACGUCCGUCAGCGUUGCCAAGCAGGCAUUGAAGGAUGCGGCCGCCAAUGUCACCUUUUCCAAUCUCCCCUCGGCCUAUGAAUACCAUCCCUCGAAUCAGUUCUUCCAGCUGCAACCCUCAAGUUGGGCAUACAUGAGCGCCUGGCCCCGCGACAACAUUUAUCGCCAGGGCAUCAGUCUGUUCCUAAUUACUUGGAUCUUUGGUUUAUUGGUCUACUUGUUUUGCGCCAGUCUUUCGUACGUCUUUGUCUUCGAUAAGACAACCUUCCAACAUCCGAAAUUCCUCAAGAACCAGAUUCGUAUGGAAAUCCUUCAGACCAUGAGGGCUCUCCCUGUCAUGUCUCUCUUCACUCUCCCCUUUUUCCUCGCCGAGGUUCGUGGCUACGGAAAGCUCUACGAUGCCACCGCCGACGGUCCCGGAAUGUGGUACAACUUUCUCCAGUUCCCGCUCUUUAUCGGUUUCACCGAUUUCUGCAUUUACUGGAUCCAUCGCUGGUUGCACUGCCCGGCCGUCUAUAAGGCCUUGCACAAACCCCACCACAAGUGGAUCAUGCCCACCCCGUAUGCUAGCCAUGCCUUCCACCCGCUGGACGGCUAUCUGCAGAGUGUGCCCUACCACGUCUUCCCGUUCAUCUUCCCGCUCCAGAAGUUCGCAUACAUUGGCCUCUUUGCUUUCAUCAACUUCUGGACCGUCUUUAUCCAUGACGGAGAGUACGUCUCCACAUCCCCAAUAGUCAAUGGCGCCGCUUGCCACACCAUGCACCAUCUCUACUUCAACUACAACUACGGGCAGUUCACCACUCUCUGGGAUAGACUCGGCGGAAGCUACCGGAAACCCAAUGAGGAGCUCUUCCGUCGGGAGACAAAGAUGGCCAAGGAGGAGUGGGAAAAGCAAGUCAAGGAGAUGGAAACCGUGGUCAAGGAAGUCGAGGGUGACGACGACCGUGUCUAUGGUGCCGAAGGAGAAAAGAAGACGCAGUAA